UCAUAUGUUAGGGCUCAAAGAAAGCCGCCGUGUCUGUGAGCACUAGUGAAUGGCUUACACACAAGACAUGCUAUCUUGCAGAUACAUCUACCUGGGCUUAUCGCACAGAGCUGGCGGUGUGAGGGAUAGGAGAGGGGAGGGAGGGAGACGCAACCGGAGGAAUGCGGGUGAUCAGCGGUAGCCUGGGGUUGGGAGGGGCUUGUGGGUUGAAAAGCAUCCAUAAUUAUGUGCAGUGAAAGCGGGCGGCGGAGCGUUAUCUUUGCCGUCAGUCAGAUGGGCGGCAAUGGAAGCGCACGACGUCGAGGAAUCAAUAACGCAUGCACGAUGCCCCUCCCUUGACCAUUGUCGCCCUCGUCGCCCCACCCCGCCCUCGUUUGCUUUGCUUUCUAUCCGCCAACGGCGAGGGAUGCGGGAUAUAUGGAACCUAGGACAUGAAAUCAGAUCCGGACUGACUUCCGACCAGAGUGCUAGGGGUGGUGGUAUCGUGUCUAGAGGGAGGAUGAAGGAGGGAAGCAGGUGCGCCCGGCGGUGCGUCAUGGACGAAGAGGUCUGGUGGGCAUCUGACGGAAUGGACUGCAUCAUGUGCCGGGCUGUCAAGGACGCUCAAGCAAAAGGUCAGGCAGCCCUGUCCGGCUUUCAACCGAGACUACCACACCACCACCACGGGCGAGACGUUGAUGCAAUGCCGAGUCAGUCGCGAUGGGUCCUGUUCGUGCUCGUGUUCCUCCCUGCAAAUCCGUCUGGUGCCAUCCGUCGAAUUGGGGCCACUCGGCGGCCGGUUUCGCUGGCCCUGUGGAAUACCUGGGUUGUACUGCCCUGUGGGAUGCUGCCCAAUAUCGGGGGAACACGACUUGGUCCCAUUGAUGGGGGCAGGGCCAGGCUGGCACUCGAGGCGCCAAAGGUCGAGCGGGCUGCGGCCGUCGGUCGGGUCAAGCGGCAGUCACCGCCUGUCAGGGCGCAUCUCAGGGACUUUACGAGCAACGGUGCCAGCUCGAUGCGCGGGGUUCCUGGCCACGUCUGUUCCCCAGCGUGUCCGGCCCAGUGCUGGCAUAUCUGCCUUCCCCAGACCAGGCCAACAAAGAACCUGGCAGCAUGCUUUCUUUUCCCGCCGGCACUUGACGGCCAGAGGGAGCGACAGCCAAGGGGCCCCGUCCAGAUGGGCGGUCAGAGCUCUGCGCAACUUCGGAUGGGGCACACCCGCUUUGCAGACGCCCGCCACGACGCUUCCGGGUCCUCCCCAACUCACCUCUCUUAUUAG